AGACUACAAUAAGCCAAAGACUUUGUGUGAUCUGGCAUGGCCGAGUCCUUGCGAGCAAAAGUCGAGGAACAAUUGAGCUGUGCAAUAUGUCUCGAACAUUUCAAAGAUCCGAAAGUUCUGUCAUGUCAACAUACGUAUUGUUUGGAAUGUAUCGCAAGACUUGAUAUGACUGGAAACUUCUUGAUAUGUCCAGUGUGCCGGGCCAUCACUGAGGUAGGAGGUGGCAAUGAAUUAAUGUUGAAAAUUUUCGACAUAAAAGUGAUAAAAACUAAGUGGGUAUCAAUUCAACAUAGUAUAGAGAAUGUCCUAAAGCUAGCAAAGGCUAAUGCUUAACAGUAAAACAUAACUUUUACAACACAUCGGCAAUUGAGCUGUCUAUUAUAAACAAACAGGAUUGAUUAGUGCUGAACCUAUAUAUGAAGAUAUGCAAUUUAUACAGAACUGACAGAGCUAAGAACUGAUAGAGCUAUCCAGUGUAACUGAUAAAGUUAGUUUAGUCAGGUUUCAGUCCAAUAACCUCGUGAGGCGGUUAGCUCAGCAAGUUGCUCUCAUGUGCUGCAGGCUUAACAGUGCAUCAGGAUGCAAUGUGAUUCAAUGGGUUAAACUUGUACUAAAGUAUAGUAACAGUUUUUUAAAUCAACCUAGUCUAUUUCCAUUUCUUUAAUGACUUGGUUUGUUUUCAGGUACCUUAUCCACCUGAUGUGUCUUUUCUGCCAUCCAACUUUUUUGCAAACAAUUUACUUGCAACUUUAGCGAUGACAAAUAACUCUGCUGCAAACCCCACUCAACUCAAUGGAUGCUCUGCCCCAAGCCAACCCCACAACAGAUCCAACACCACUAGCCCACAUCUGGGAUGCAACCAAUCCAACAAUCCUAGCUCGUCCCAAAGUCACAACCAGUCCCGCACCCCCAUCCCACCCCAAAGACGCAACAGAUCCCUUACCCCCAGCUCACCUCAGAGACGCAACCAAUCCCACACUCCUAGCUCGUCCCAAAGUCACGACCGAUCCCGCACCCCCAUCCCACCCCAUAGACGCAACAGAUCCCGUACCCUCAGCCCACCCCAAAGACGCAGCCGAUCACGCACCCCCAGCCCACCUCAUAGACGCAACAGAUCCCGCUCCUCCAGUCCACCCCGAAGACACAACAGGUCCCGUCCACCCAGCAUACCCCAAAGACGCAACCGAUCUCGCACCCCCAGCCCACCCCAAAGACGCAACCGAUCACAUCCCCCGAGCUCUUCCCAAACCAGCAGCGGAACAAGUACCAGCACCUCCUCCCAAAGCAGCAGCGAAUCAAGCACCAGCACCUCUUCCCAAAGCAGCAGCGGAUCAAGCCCCCCCAGAUCUCGUUUCCCCCGGGGUAGUUUUGUCGGUCAUCGUAUAUUUCGGUAUGGUAUCCAUUACUGGAGUGUGGAGAUCAACCACUCACAAUGUCCUGGUGAUGAUAGCUGCUUAUUUGAAAUUGGAGUUAUCAGUCAUGACAAUGCCAACACUGUGACCUUUGAAGGAUUCAUAAUGCCAGGUUGUUGCGAAGAGUUCUCCCUGGAUCUUGACAUGCCGGAUGAUGCUCUAACCGUCGACGCAUCUUGGCUGGGUGAACCUGCUGAUUUUGAUGUUUACCUGCAAAGAUUGUCUCCCUACUUGAAACUGGAUUGUGAAACGUGUUUGAUAGAGGUGACCGAUUCAAAUUUCUAUUGGCACUUCGAUCAACAACGCUAAUGGGAUUUAUAACAGUUAGGCGUGUACGAUAAAUCUUCUCUUGAACCUCUCUUUCAAAAAACAGAAAGUUCAUAAGAUCUA